UGAUCUAACAGAAGCAAUGACCUUACAUCACCCGUAGUACAGCAGUGGAUGGGUGUACUGUAAAAGGCUGGUUGCUGAGGAGGAUGCUCAAAAAGACAUUCAUCACCUCUGGCGUGUCUGUGGUCCUCUGAGUUUCUGAUUUAACUGAAGCAAGAAAAGUAAUGGGAAGGCCAGUGCCUGUAGUUCCUCUGAUCCUGUUUGCUGUGAUGCUGAUUGGCACAGGAGCCAAAAAUUGUGGAAAAUCAAGGUGCCGCUUUGAAGGAGUGAAAGGCAGCAGGGGAGACAGAGGUUUUCCAGGAGAUCCAGGUCCUCCAGGAGCAGAGGGCCGUCCUGGAUCAAAUGGUCAUGCUGGGCCUAAGGGACCAAAGGGCAGCACUGGGCUUGAUGGACAUGUGGGACCAAAAGGCGAUUUGGGACCUGACGGCAAAGAAGGAUUUGAUGGGUCUCAUGGUUUACCGGGUAUCCCAGGUUUACAAGGACCUCCAGGCCCUCCAGGGGCACCAGGAUGCAAUGGAACAGAUGGAGACGAUGGACACCCUGGAAUUUGUGGACCCAGUGGUAUUGCUGGAAAUCCAGGUCCACCAGGUCUGCCUGGACUUAAGGGUGAAUCUUGGGUGUUAAUAGAUUUAAUACCAGGGCCACCUGGACCACCUGGGAGGAAUGGAGACAUGGGAGACCCAGGUUUCAGUGGAGAGCCUGGACCAUUAGGCGAAGUUGGACCAAGGGGCUCUCCUGGAUUUCCUGGCCUUCCGGGGGCUCCAGGAUCUAAGGGUCAAGAAGGCCUCAACGGUUCACCAGGACAUCGUGGACUAAAGGGGAGAUCAGGACCACCAGGGCCACCAGGGCCACCGGGUCGGACCAGGGAGUUUUCCACUGAAAGCCUUGUGUUAAAGAGGCAGCAAUACAUAGAGGAUCUAAAAGGAGACAAAGGAGAUGUCGGAGAAAAAGGCUGCCAGGGCGAACCAGGAGAUAUUGGUUAUGGCCUUAACACCAAAGGAUCAAAGGGAGGCAAAGGACCUCAGGGGCCAGAAGGAAAGCCAGGGAAGGAUGGUGAUCCUGGACAAUAUGGACAGAAGGGAAGCCCUGGCCACAGCGGUGAUCCAGGAUAUCCAGGGACACCAGGAGACACGGGUGAAAAAGGAAGCAGGGGUCCACCUGGUCCACCUGGAAAUAUAUUUGGGCCUGAGCCACUCAAAGGAUACCGCGGAGAUCCUGGUUCCAGUGGCCCACCUGGUCCACCUGGGCGUCGAGGUAUUGUGGGGUUUCCUGGACCAGAUGGACCUCCAGGCCAAGUGUCUGGGAAUGAUGUGCCAGGCCCACGAGGUUCCCCUGGCUUUCCGGGUCCCAAAGGGGAGCCUGGGGAACCUGGGGCUAUUUAUACUGGACUCCCAGGUCUAGAUGGGGAUCCUGGUGAUACAGGACCUCAAGGGGAUACAGGCCCACCUGGACCUCCAGAAGACAGAAGUAUGUCUAACAGGAUUACAAAAGGUCUCCCAGGAAUGAAGGGAAUGAAGGGUACACCUGGAGAUAGGGGAUAUAAUGGGACAUUUGGAAAGAAAGGAGAGAAGGGGGAACCUUGUUAUGACUGCAUUGAAGCAGGACCCCCAGGAAUACAGGGUCCCCGUGGUCCACCUGGCAUCCCUGGCAAGAAUCAAGGACCAGGUGCCAAAGGUGAUCCAGGCAUCCUAGGACCUACAGGUUUAACUGGAAGACCAGGUCCUGUUGGUGUAAGAGGAUAUCCAGGCCCUCCAGGACAAAAGGGAGACUCAUAUGCCUACAGCACUCCAGGGAUAAAGGGAGUGACAGGAGACCCAGGGCAGCUUGGCUGGCCUGGUCCAGAUGGCCGCCCUGGGUCUCCUGGGUUACCAGGUCGUAAAGGCAAUCAAGGCCCUCCAGGGGAUUUGGAUCCAUACCCUGGUAUGACGGGAGACCGUGGUUUUCCAGGCCCACAAGGGCCUUUAGGGAGACCAGGACCAGUUGGCUUCCCUGGGCAAGUGGGAUAUGGGCCCGCUGGACUUCCAGGAAGUAAGGGAGAUGUUGGGGUACCUGGCCUGCCAGGGGAGCCUGGAAUUCCAGGCCAGAAAGGGGAACCAAGCCAUAUCCACACCACUGGACCUCCUGGACCACCUGGAUUUAAAGGCUUGCCUGGUUUACCUGGAAGCCCCGGUUAUCAAGGAGCAUCAGGUGCCCCUGGAAUACCAGGUUUUCCAGGACAGAAAGGAGAAAGAGGUUAUGUGCCACUUGCUGGAAAGCAGGGGAUCCAAGGACAGAAAGGUGAAAAAGGGCAGCCAGGUCUCAAGGGUUUUCCAGGUAGGGGCUUGCCUGGUCAGCCAGGUUCACCAGGCCCUCCUGGUCCUCCAGGACUGAAGGGAGAUGGUGGCCACGGAAUCCCUGGCCCCCCAGGCCUCCCAGGGCUUCCAGGAGAAGAAGGACGUCAGGGCCCUAUAGGAGAUCCUGGGACCCCUGGUCUACCUGGGAAACCAGGGCUAAUUGGCAACCCUGGUUAUCCAGGAGAAAAAGGAAAUAAAGGUUCUAUAGGGCCCCCAGGAGUACCUGGUAGCAAGGAUUCAUGUAAAGGAUUACCUGGACCAGUGGGACCACCAGGACCAGAUGGUUAUCCAGGACUUCCAGGACCUAAUGGCUUAUCUGGUGCGAAGGGGAAUGUAGGUUUGCCAGGGUCUGGUCAUCCUGGCCCCCGUGGUGAGCCUGGCUCCCCUGGGACAUCAGGCCCUGGUUCGCAUGGGUUUCCUGGACUAAAAGGGAUCAAGGGACAAAACGGCCUGCCUGGUCAACCAGGAUUGAGAGGAAACCCUGGACCAGAAGGAUUACCAGGAUAUGGACUAGAGGGAUUGCCUGGAAUUGUGGGACCACCAGGCCAAAUAGGUUGCCCUGGCCCACGAGGAGCCAGAGGUUCCCAGGGUCCACAAGGCAUAAAAGGAGAAAAAGGUUUCAGAGGUCCUCCAGGCACUACAUCAACAAUACCAAUAGAUAUUAUUGGGCCCCCAGGAGACAAUGGCAAUUUGGGUGACCCUGGUCUGUCCGGUGUCCCUGGAGAUACUGGAAGUACUGGACCAAAAGGGCUGAGAGGGAUACACGGAGCACCAGGGAGUCCUGGACUCAAAGGUCCUCCAGGGGAUCCAGGUAUUGAUGGAUCAGUGUUUUCAGAAGGAAGGCGAGGACCUGCUGGGACCUUAGGAGACCCAGGAGUGAGAGGUCCUCAAGGCUUAAAAGGAAUAAGAGGAGAUCAAGGAAUCACUGGAGGGCCAGGUCAAGAGGGUGCACCAGGUCCAACUGGUAACAAAGGAGUUAAAGGAGAACCAAACUACUUUGGAUAUGGAAUCCCUGGGCCAGUAGGACAAAAGGGUGAACCAGGAUCAACCAAUACUUACACGAUGAAGGGUCAAAAAGGAGAACCUGGUUUUCAUGGACCACCAGGUCCACCAGGAGACUAUGGAGCCAGAGGAAACCCAGGACCUGUUGGCAGAAGUGUACCAGGCCUCCAAGGGCCUAAAGGUUCAGAUGGACCUCCAGGAGACAAAGGACUCCCGGGACCUAAUGGACCACCAGGUGUCCCAGGUCCGCCGGGUGUCGGUGGUUAUCCAGGUCCUAAAGGCAACCAGGGUCAAGAUGGGAUCCCUGGACUACCAGGGCAGAAAGGGGACACAAUCAUAAUUGGAGGGACACCUGGAAGACGUGGUGACAUAGGUCAACAAGGCCCUCCAGGGGACCCUGGUCCCUCUGGCUUGCCAGUCACAGCAAGUCCUGGACCAAUAGGAGACAGAGGAUUGCUAGGUCUACCUGGGGUCAAAGGUCCAAGGGGUCUACCAGGAAGAGAAGGGGCAUGUUCUUGGUUAAAAGGAGACCGUGGCCAUCCUGGCAGUCCUGGUAACCCAGGAUGUCCUGGCUCACCUGGCCCUCCAGGUCCCACUGUGCCUGGGUUUAAAGGAGACAGAGGGGACGAAGGUCUUAUAGGAAGCCCAGGCAAUAGAGGACUCCUGGGAGAUCCAGGCCCUCGAGGACCACCUGGUGUAAGAGGCAAACCUGGAGGCCCUGGGCCAAGAGGUGAUUGUGGUCCUCCUGGAUUCCAAGGGCCCCCUGGUGAGAAGGGAGACCCUGGAUACAACCCAGGCCCACCUGGUCUGCCUGGAGUCAAAGGUUUUCCUGGACCACCUGGCCUCAAAGGUGAACCAGUAUUUGCCAAUGGCAUAUUUGAACCAGGCUUUCCUGGCUUACCAGGUCCCCCUGGCAAUCGAGGAGCCCCAGGGAGCACUGGACCAUCAGGACGACCAGGCCUUCCAGGUAAGCCAGGUGUCAAAGGAGUGCGUGGUCCCAGUCCACAUGGCCAGCCCGGAUUUCCUGGCCACAAAGGAGACAAAGGAAACGCAGGAGUGCCAGGUCCAGAAGGUAGACUUGGAGACGCAGGCCGAAAGGGUCCUCCAGGGUUGCCUGGAGGAGGCGGUCCACAUUAUGUUGACAGUUUCCUCAUAGCUAGACACAGUCAAAGCAUCCGUGUCCCUGACUGCCCUCCUGGCUCCAGCCUCAUCUACUCUGGUUACUCGCUCCUUUUCAUCAAAGGAAAUGAUAAAGCUCAUGGUCAGGACCUUGGCACCAUGGGAAGCUGUCUCGCUCGUUUCUCCACCAUGCCCUUCCUGUUCUGUGACACAGAAACUACCUGUCGCUAUGCUUCUCGUAAUGACUACUCAUACUGGUUGUCAACAGACACCCCUAUGCCCAAUAACAUGGUUUCCAUCACAGGGGAAAAGCUGGCCUCCUACAUCAGCAGGUGUGCAGUGUGCGAAACCACCUCCAAUGUCAUAGCCUUCCACAGCCAGACAAUUCUGAUACCUCAAUGUCCCAAAGGUUGGGAGUCCCUGUGGACUGGAUACUCAUUUGUUAUGCAAACAGGUGCUGGUGCAGAGGGCUCCUCGCAGCCUCUGGUUUCUCCUGGCUCAUGUCUGGAAAGUUUCCGCCAAGUGCCCUUCAUUGAAUGUCACGGCAGGGGAACAUGUAACUACUACCCUGAUUCCUAUAGCUACUGGCUGGCCUCCCUCGACGCCAACAACAUGUUCAGUAAACCUGCUCCUCAGACAGUGAAGGGACCUUCUCUACAAAAUGUAAUCAGCCGUUGUCGGGUCUGUAGGAAACUAUCGCAGCCUCGCUCAGAUGACAAGCGUGGGGACAGUUUUUAACACUGAUUAUUUCAUUUUUUUGCGUUAUUUAAAAUAUGAAACUAUGUGAAUAUUAAAAUUAAUGAAACAUUUAGUCAUCCAUUAUAGCAUAUGGUGGCUGUAGUGUGCCGCCAGAGUGUAAUUAUUCUUGAGCCUCAAUAACAGUCAAUAUUAGUAGUUACAAAGGUACUAGUAGCAGUUAUACAUAGUCUUUUCUGGAUUGUAAAUGCUUUCACUUUUACUUAGAGUUUCACAUUAAAUACUUAACCCUACAUCGUUUUUAUCACAGUUUUCCUCUGAUGUUAUUGGUAAUAUUAUAAAAAACUAUGUGACAUAUCAAAAACAAGCCAUUACAACCUUUUUUUUUAAUUUACAAACCUAGACUGUGACCAUGUGUAUCUUAAUUGACAAAAUGCCAUGUAACACCAAAAGGUCUUUUGGAUUUUAAGAAAAAAAACAAACAAACACCAAAUGUCCUCAUUUGUGCAUAUGAUAGUCAGACUACUGAGAAAUAAUUAACUUGUUUAUACAGUGAUGACACUGACAUGUUUGCUGCUUUGUUCCACAUGACCUGAGAAGACCAGUGCAGUCCAGUCAAUGGAUGACGUCAAAAGUAUUAGCUCACAACGAAUGACACACAUGUUCCUAUGACAUCUGGAGAGGAAGCACUGUGACUUGCUCCUGCUUUGAAAUUGUAACAUUGUGUUUUCUCACGCAAUUAUAGAGUUAUUUGUGCUGUCACUCUAGAAGCAUUUUUUUUUUGAAUUUCAGCAUGUUAAAUGAUGCAUGGAAAAGAUUAAACUUUAUGACUCAUA